UAUUUGAAAAAAAAAAAAUUUAGUAAUACAUAUAUAUUUGUUACUUUUAAUACGAUUGCACUUGCACCUUAUUCAACCCACAUAAAAAACCCAAAAACGAAAAAUACAUAUUUGGUGGACUUUAUCAUUAGUGGCCCACUAAAUAUUCUACUUAGCAAAACAAUUAAACAGUUCUAACUAAAUAACACAAAAUUCUAACCUAAAUAAUUACGUGAAAAGAUUUUUUCUUCUUUUGCCUUCAACUUCUCUUCCUCAUCGUGGUCAUCAACUCUUCAUCUUAAUUCAACUAAGUAAGUCAAACUUUCAGAUCAAGCUUUUGUUUCUUUGAUAUUGUUCUAAAAAUAUAUUUCAUAUAAUUACAUAUUAAAUUAUUAACAAAAUUGUGUUUGAUAGCUUAUUAGCUUGAGUAGUUUUGAUUUACAGUUUUAACUUAUUAGAAAUUUAUUCUUUGCAAAAUUGUUUUGAUUUCAGGAAGAUGCAGGAAACAAUGAGAAAGUUUUUGAAAAGGAAAGAUCCAUCUCCAUCUUGCAGUAAUCUAGAUGAUCUGCUAUGGGAUCCUGCUGACCGAAAAAGAAUAGAAGACUAUCAUCCAAAUCAAAGAGAUAAGGUAAUUCGCAAAUAUUUGGUUAGAGGUCCUUGCCAACCCCGAAGUCAUAAUUUUGAACAAAAAGACAUAGGAGGUGUAAUGAGGCGUUUUAACAUUGCUUGGUGUGAUAUGUUUCAAAACUAGUUAGAGUAUAGUGUGAAGAAAGAAGCAGUUUUUUUUUUCUGUGUUGUUAUUUGUUCAGAGAUAAUGCUGGUAAGGGUGGAAAAAAUGAAGCAUGGAGCACUGUUGGUUUUACUUACUGGAAUAAGUUUUAUAGAGUUUCAGAACAUGUUGUAUGUGGUUUUCAUAAAAAAGCAGUAAUGAAGUGUGAAAACUUGAUGAACCAAGGUCAAUCUAUCAAACAUGCUUUUCGAAAGCAAGCUGAUAUUACGAAGAAUGAGUAUCGAGUUCGGUUGAAUGCUUCAAUUGAUGUUUCUAGAUACUUGUUGCGACAAGGGCUACCUUUUCGUGGUCAUGAUGAGUCAGAAAAGUCUGUUAACAGAGGAAAUUUUGUGGAGCUCUUAAAAUUCACUGCUGAACAAAACGAAGAUGUGAGUAAUCAAAUGAUGUGUCCAACGAUUCAGAAAGAUAUAGUGAACUGUUUUGCAGAAGAGGUAGUUAAAUCUGUUAUUGAAGAAAUGGGUCAUGAUGUUUUUGGCUUAUUGGUAGAUGAAUCAGCGGAUGUUUCAGAUAAAGAACAAAUGGCAGUGGUGUUUCGUUUUGUUGAUAAAAGAGGGAUGGUCAAAGAAAGAUUCAUGAGUAUUACGCAUGUGAGUGAUACAACUUCAUCAUCUUUGAAAGCUGCAAUUGAUUCUUUGUUUGCAAAAUAUGGAUUGAGCAUAAAAAAGGUGAGAGGACAAGGUUACGAUGGGGCUAGCAAUAUGAGAGGUGAGUUCAACGGGCUAAGGGCAUUAAUUUCUAAGGAAACCCCAUCAGCUUACUAUGUUCAUUGUUUCGCUCACCAACUUCAAUUAGUUGUUGUGGGAGUAGCAAAGAAACAUUUUGAUGUUGGAGAUUUUUUUGAUAUGAUUUCUUUGUUGGUGAAUGUGGUGGGAGCUUCAUGCAAAAGGAAAGAUAUGAUCCGAGAGAGUUAUAGGAAAAAAAUUGAAGAAGGAAUCAAUAAUGGUGAAAUCAAUAUUGGAACAGGGUUGAAUCAAGAGGUGUCUCUUAAUAGACCAGGGAAUACCCGCUGGAAUUCGCAUUAUAAUACUCUAUUGCGUUUGAUUGAGCUAUUCUCAUGUAUUGUCGAAGUGCUUGAAUACAUUGAGAUUGAAGGUGUAGAAGAUUUGAAAAGACGUCAAGCAUUUGGUCUCCUCAAGUACUUUCAGAGCUUUGAUUUUGUAUUCUACUUGCAAAUGAUGAUAUAUCUUUUAGGACUCACGGAGAACUUGUCCAUGAUGCUACAAAGAAGAGAUCAAGAUAUUUUAAAUGCUAUGGAUUUGGUAAACUCAACUAAAAGACAACUUCAGAAGUUUAGAGAUGAUGGUUGGAAUUCUCUCAUGAAUAGAGUUUCUUCUUUUUGUGAGGAACAUGAUAUUGAAAAGGUUGACAUGGAGAAAGAUUUUAUCGACUUUAGAAGACCAAGGAAAAAACAGGAGUUUCAAAUAUGCAUCACUAAAUGGUCAAUUGCCUAUUUUCUGUUUUGGAUUUGCAGAUUCAGGAGUUCAACGAUCGUUUUAAUGAGGUGAACACUGAAUUGUUUAUUUGUGCUUCUUCUUUAUCUCCCAUUGAUUUGUUCUCUGAGUUUGACCACUCAAAGUUGAUGAGGUUAUCUAAGUUCUAUCCAGACGAUUUUACUCAUGAGGAGUACAAAUCUCUUGACCAAGAAUUAGAUAUCUACAUUGAUAAUAUUCAAAAUGAUGAAAGAUUUACUCCUUUGAAGUCUCUUGGAGAAUUUGCUCGUAUGUUGGUAGAAACUCGAAAAAAUAUGUCACAUCCUUUGGUCUACGGGCUGUUGAAGUUGGUUUUGAUUUUGUCGGUUGCUACUGCAACUGUUGAUAGAUGUUUUUCAGCGAUGAAGAUUGUGAAGACUCAUCGACGCAAUAGGAUUAAAGAUCAAUUUUUGAAUGAUUGUUUAGUUUGUUUCAUCGAAAAAGAUAUAUUUUUAUUUAUUGCAAAUGAAACUGUGAUAAAAAGAUUUCAAG